AUGAGGAUAUUCGGUAGUUCGGGAUCAAGAUCCCCGGUGGUCACCUUGAUGCGCUCUGAUGGAAAACUGACGCGCGGGUCCCGGGGCAGGGGGUGUCGGGGAGGUUUCAGUUCCAGGGACCCCCGGGAGGUUCGGGAGCCGCCCCCUGUCCCCGCAGGUGUCCGGGUGCCGCCCUGCCCGCAGGUGCCGCCGCCCCGGGGGCGGGCACGGCGUGUCCGAGCCGCCCGCUCCGCCCCGGCCCCUCCUCCGCCUCCGCCCGCACGGCCAGGGGAGAACGUCCCGCUGUCCUGCUGCUCCGUGUCCCGCUGUCCCGCUGCUCCCGUGUCCCGUGUCCCGGUGUCCCGUGUCCCGGCACGGAGGGUCAUCCCCUCAGUCGUGGUUUUCCUGGAGGAAACUCAUCUCAGGGGUGGACUGAGCCCCAUCCCUUCACUUUUUGCCUUUUAUUUGUCUUUUAUGGCACUGGAAUAUGGCAGGAAGGAGGGAAUUUCAAUUUCUGCAGUGUCUCAUCACUCAGGAAGAAUUCUUCUGCCUAAUCCUUCUGAUCCUGGGCCGCAGCCAGAAGGAACCUGGGCCAUCCUAUGGAAAACAGCGUUGGAAGUACACAGGCAGCAGAGGCCUGAGGGGUGGGGGUUUCCCUGAGCAGUGAUGCCCACGAUGGGGGCGUUGGGGCGCGCGCUGGCCCGAGCCGUUCUCCCGUUCCUCAUCCUCUCGGGAAGUUGGGUUUCAGCUGAGAACAUCAACUUCUACAACAUCAGGCCUCCACUAGACCCCACUCCAUUCCCAAACAGCUUCAAGUGCUUUACCUGUGACAACGCAGUGGACAACUACAACUGCAACCGAUGGGCUGAAGACAGGUGGUGUCCCGAAAGCACUCGCUACUGCCUGACCGCUCACCUCUUCACGGCGCGCGGGGAGAGCACCUCGGUCACCAAGAGAUGCGCCACGGGCGAGGAGUGUCACCUGGUGGGCUGCCACCGCCGCGGGGACAGCGGCCACACGGAGUGUGUUUCCUGCUGCGAAGGCAUGAUCUGCAACGUGGAGAUCCCCACCAACGCCACCAACGCGGUGUUCGCCGUGCUGCAGGCGCGCAGGACGGCCGCGGGCAGCCGCGCGCUGCCCAGCCUGGUGGCACUGGUGGCACCGGUGGCACUGGUGACAAUGGCACUGUCCUGACACGGCACCCCCAGACAGAGCUGCUGGGACAGUCCCCGGGCCAGGAACCUCCAGGAUCUCCAAGAAGUCGCUGAUGUUCCCUCAUCCCAGCAAAUUUAAGGAAAGGCGCAUCCUGAGCUCCUUGGGUGUUUUAGCGGGAAUCCUUCCCCGGCAGCAUGGAAAAUAAACCCCACAAAAACCCCCCACGGUGGGUGGGGCAGUGGGGUGGACUCAAGUUUUGAUCCCCUGUUUUCUGAGCAAAAUGCACAUUUUUGGGGGGGGUUUGAGGACAGAACUGUGGCAAUCACAAUCAAAAGGAGAUUUGGGUGGAUGAUGUGGAAAGGUGGGAACUGGAUUUAAAGCUUUUAUGUGUAUAAACAACUCAGAGUUUCUUACCAAGGUGUGUUUGAGCUUAUCUUGAUUUCACAGAGAACACCUCUGGUUUUCACAGAGAACAAAUACGAGGUUGGUUUUUUUUCUGCUCGAUCAGAGCUCUCAUUUCUCCUGGCAAUAACACAAAAUUAAUUCUUUUCUUUCUGUAAAAUGCCUCAUCCUCCUCUUGUUUUAACGCUGUAGGAAAUGUAGAAUUCCUAAAAAAAAUCCUGUUGGAGCACCCAGAGCAGAAUUCCUGAUCUUGCAAAGCAGAGGGAUUAUUUCCUUGCAAUUCCGCUCAGAAUAUCCCAAAAAUCCCCUCAGAAUAUCACAAAAUUUUGUUUUUGUGAUAUUGGGAUGUCAUGACUUUGAAAUCACAGCGACGGUCAAGCAGCUUCGUUAUCCUAAAAAUUCCAAGUGGACACUUGGAAUAAAUAAGGAGGGAGCUCUGCUGUGUUCUCUCUUGAUUUGCACAGGUUUUUCCCAGGAAUAUUAUUGUCCUGAUGGAUGUUUUUGGGAAGGAUGGAUCACUUAAACUGACUGAAGAAAGAGAUUUGGAGCUGUUUCCUGAAAAAAUUUGAGUAGCUACAAAUUUGGCUUCUUUUACUUCAAUAUUGCCUUAAUUAUUUGCUGGUUUGUGUCACUAAUUAUAUUCAUUUGUAAAAAAGAUUCUGAAACAUUUCCAGGCUUGUUGACAUUCCGAAAUUUCCUCCACAAUAUUCUUAGGAUGCAGAAAGGUGACUGAAUUCAGUCUGUGGCUUCUGGACGGGCGAUUGUGCAGCUACAAAAUUUGGAUGGAAAAGCUUUUUCCUUGCCGGAGGAAAACGGUCCUUGAUGUCUGAGUCAAGGUUUUCCAAGAUCUGGAUUCUCGUGGAUCCCUCAUUUCUCAAGAUCUGGAUUCUCUCUUUCCAUAUCUGGAUUCUGUGCCAUCCAACAGGGCUGGAAUUCUGCUCUGGAGCUGGGCUGGGAAAGCUGGGAAUGUUCACCUGGAGAAGGGAGGGAUCCAGGGAGAGCUUCCAGCACAUUCCAGGGCCUAGAGGGGCUUUAGAAGAGCUGGAGAGGGACUGGGGACAAGGCAUGGAGGGACAGAAGCCAGGGAAUGGCUCCCACUGGGAAAGGGGAGAAUUGAGUGGGAUAUUGGGAAGGAAUGCCUGGCUGGGAAGGUGGGGAGGGGCUUGGCCAGAAUUCCCAGAGCAGCUGUGGCUGCCCCUGGAUCCCUGGAGGUGCCCAAGGUCAGGCUGGAUGGAGCUUGGAACAAGCCUUGAGCAGGCUGCCCCAGAGCAGAGUGACAGAACAAAGCAGGGAUUCAUUCCAAGGAUCUCCUCCAUGGAUCCACC